CAUUCAUAUUAAAUUAUUAUUUUAACGUAGAUUUAUAUCAAUAGACACUAUAAGGUUUGAUUUGAUUUUCACUUCAGAACAUUUUAAAUGAAAAUAUUUUUAUUUUCAUAACAUAAAACAAAUUUCUAGAUAUUAUUUUUGAAAUCUUUUUCAAAGAUAAACAAAUUCACUCAGAUGAAAUUAAUUAAAUUUUAUUUUCAAAUAUAAAAACAAAUUUUCUUAGAUAAAUUUUAAAUUAAAUUUAAACUACAAUUAAAUCAAUUCAAAUCAUUUUUAUUUUAGAACAUUUUAAAAUAACAUUUUUUAUUUGCAUUUAUUCAUCCCUUUCACUCAAAUAUAAACAAAAUCUUUUCUGUUUUAGGACAAUCAAUUCUUGUCAGUCAUAUUAAUAACAACACCAAAUGGAAACAACAUGGAAUUACUAUAGCUGGAGAAAAUGGACAAGGCGAUCAAUCAAAUCAACUCUCUUUUCCUCAAGGUAUCUAUGUUGAUGAUGAUCAUCGAUCUAUUUAUAUUGGUGAUUGGGGAAACCAUCGUAUUGUGGAAUGGAAAUAUGGAGCAAAGAAUGGUCAAGUUGUUGCAGGUGGAAAUUGGAAUGAAAAUGGAAGUGAUCAGUUGAGUUUCCCAUCAGAUGUGAUUGUUGAUAAAAAAAAUGAUUCUCUCAUCAUUUGUGAUAGAGGAAACAGACGAGUGGUACGAUGGCCUCGUCAAAAUGGUAAAAAUGGAGAAAUAAUAAUUCCUAACAUUCAUUGCUGGGGAUUAACAAUGGAUAAAAAUGGAGAUCUUUAUGUUUCUGACACAGAGAAGAAUGAAGUGAGACGAUGGAAACAAGGAGAGAAAGAAGGAACAAUAGUAGCAGGUGGAAAUGGAAAAGGAAAACAUCUCAAUCAACUCAAUCAUCCUACUCAUAUCUUCGUUGAUGAAGAUUAUUCAGUUUAUGUAUCGGAUUCUGAGAAUCAUCGUGUGAUGAAAUGGGUGAAAGGUGCAAAAGAAGGUAUUGUUGUCGCUGGUGGAAAUGGUCAAGGGAAUAGUUUGACACAAUUGUCUUAUCCUCGAGGAGUGGCCGUCGAUCAAUUGGGUAAUGUUUAUGUGGCUGACUAUGACAACCAUCGAGUGAUGCGUUGGUGUGAAGGAUCUAAAGAAGGUAGUAUUGUUGUUGGUGGAAAUGGAAAAGGAGAACAAUCAAAUCAACUCUUUAGUCCCAUAGGUUUAUCAUUCGAUAUUGAAGGUAAUCUCUAUGUUGUCGAUUGGCAAAAUGAUCGAAUACAAAAAUUUGAUAUUGAUUCAGAAUUCAAUUUAUAUGGAGAUUUUGGUAAACUCACAUCACAAAUGAGUGAUUAUGAUAUGAAUACACAAGGGAUUCAAAAAUCAUUCUUAUUCAAAGAGCAGAAUCAAUUAACUAUUGAUUUCAAUAUUGGUGAAGCAAACAAGUCGACUGUCGAGAAACCAUCAAUACAUAAACUUCAGUAUAAUAAUCAACCGAUAGUUUAUGUAAUCGAUCUUGCACUGCCGUCCAUCGGUUUGGAUUCAGACAUCGCAAAAUUGGUGACAUAUAACAAGAAUAGUCAACUUGCCGACGUUAUACGUGAAUUGAAUCCGACCAUUCCUUUUUACAUACUUGCUUCUAUGCCACCAUCUGACGAGAUCAUGUCACGUGCACAACUUCUGCGUUACUAUCAUCUUCAGACUUCACCUAAUGAACAUGUUCAAACAGAUUUAAACGUUAAUGAUCGCGUUACCAGCAUCGAUUCGAUUGAUCACUUCGCUGGCGAGCUUUACGAAGAUUUGGGACAAUAUUAUCGAGAUAAAGCCGGAAAAGCCCUAUUUGAUCACCAAGAUCGACACAAGGCUAAACAGCUCUUGAUGAAAUCGGAAAAAUGCUUUGAAAUAUUAGAGCGUGAUAUUGAGAAAAACAUUGAAACGCUACGAAAAUUUAGCAGAAGAAAAAUAACAAACUGA